CCCAAACUCCUCCAUUCCUCCCAAGAAGCUGCCUGGGCUAUUACUUGGAAAUUAUCUGGUUUCUCCCGCUUCACCCAAAUAUUUUUGUGCCGUCUACAACGUCUAACAACGGGGAUUCUUCAUACACCCUUGCAGCUACGAACUGCGUCGAGUCAUAACUUUUACUUGUUUCACUGCAUCUUACCUACAUAUCAAGUUGCAUACAUUGCUGGAUCCUAUUCUCCACAGCUAUCACAACCCGCAUUUACGCCUCGACUCCAUUUGCGUAGUGCCAUCACCCAUAUCCUUUCCCCCCACCAUCAACUUCGGUCCAAUCCUGUCUAGACGCCUCAUUCUGAAAUCCAUAAUCUCCCUUCCUCAAGUUCGCUUUUCGCAUUGCUCUUCGGUAGUACGCGCGCCUUCGCUUGUUGCCUCUUGUACAUAAAUUACGACCUCUCCUCGAUCAUCGCAGCCUGUUGUCCCCCUUUCCUCCUUUUUCCUACGUGCCAUGUACUAGAUAUUUCGGAUCGCGACCCAGCCGCGUCCGGUAGGGUCGCCUAGGCUCCCGACACCUCCCAUCGCUAUCGAGAAUAAAUACCGAACCAUCCCCCUUCAUCAAUUCCUCUGUCGCUUCAUCUUCUCUCUCUCCCUUCGAUGCCCUGGACCGAGGAACGCUCAACCCAAUGGCAGGAUCCAUCCCCGACCUGUCAUUACCAAACAGCCCUUUCUUUAAUAUCUAUAGCGAUGCGCAUAUGAUUGCCAAUUCGCCAUCUCUUCCCGGUGGACCAUGCAAUUUCGUGGACUUAACUCGCGGUGCCCAGGGACCUAAGUGUGGAUGCCGUCGCUUCUGGAGUCGCGGCGCUUUCUCGCCCAGGACAAGCAGAGGGAGCUCGGUAGGAAUCUCCCCAGCGUAUGCUCCUGGAUACCCUAAUGGAAAUACCGGAUCCGAUGAAUCUGCUUGGUGCAUGUGUUCCCAUCAUGCCUGUUUUCACGAUGAUAUUCGCGAUAGUCAACCUCCUGUCGCAGCCACAGCUAAUACUGACGUCGUGGACAAAGGCCAGGAAAAUGAGCGGCCUAGGACCAGUAGGGAGCCCCUUACACCAGUAGUACCGGAUCUAUCUUUCAAGAUGCCGGCGCCAGCGGAUCCAAAUAUAGAUUUUUAUACGUUCAAUGAGUUCCCUUUUUCAAAUCUCGCGGACCAGGAGAACGCGGUACCGAAUCAGGUCGCGGGACCCUUACCACCACCUUCUAUCCCGGAUACGUUAAGUUGGACCAACCUAAUUCAAUCUGAGCCAGACGAAGGAAGCCAACUGCCCCCAAUCCCAAGCCAAUGCCUAAUUUCUUCGCAGCCGAGCUCUACGACAUCGUCUGCCAGAGUAGGAUAUCUGCGGCCGUUUGCCGGGAAAGGACUAGGGACACUAAGUGGUGUCAGAUCCAAGUUAUGCGAGCCUCCUCUAGAACAGGAGGAUGAAAUCCACCCACCGGAGGAGAAUACUGUUGAGCCCAAUAUGGAUCCUAAUAUGGAUCAAUCCUUGGAUGAUGGACAAACGGUCGCAAAUACCCCGAGCUCUUGUAGACAUGAAGAUAUAACCGAGAGGCAGAGCUUAUCUCCUGGACUCGAUCGACAGGCAAUCAGGCAAUUGUCCGACGCUGUUCAAGGGCACGAACAGCGAUUGGAUCGGCUCGAGAAUCCAUCGGUUUCGGUCGUUGGCCAUGACGGCUGUGAUGAGAAGCACGAUCAGAGUGACCUGAGGAUAACUGAACUUGAGUCGCGCGUGGAAGAAGUCGAAAAGUUAAUUAACGAUGGCACGCAGGUUUCUGAUCAUCGCGCCCGGCGCCUAAAUGUUAACGAGUCUAUGACCAGUGUAGCGUCCGUUUCCACCGUCGGAAGCGAGUACGUGGCGAGCCGUGCGGAGCUUUACAGUCAACUUCAAGCCCUAAAGUCGCAGUUAAGUCAACUGCAAGGCCUAUCGUCCUUCCCAUCCUAUACUCGCCCAUGGGAGAUUGAAGUUAUCUUUCUGCCUUUCCCUUUGAAGAGUGUAUGGAUGGAAUUCCACGACUACGCGAGCCAACGCACUCCAGGCAGCAGUGUUGAACCCGAUCAGUGGACGCAGCUGCCUAAUAGUUCCUCCGUUUUGGAAUCUCAGUCUGCUGAAUUUAACGAUUGGGCCGGGCCCGAGCUUGAGUCAGAGUGGCUGCUAGCUCGGGCCUGUGCGCCGAACCGUGUUAUUGAACAACGGCUUAAGAGUCGAGGUCUUGUUAAGAACGUGACUAUUCGCGGCUCGGAUGCUCGAAGCGUUCAUCAAGCUAUUUGUGAUGCAUUCGGAACUUUGUUCCGUACCUUCUCUCGUAUGCAAGCAAAUGUUCAUCAUGGUUCGACUCAACACUACCGCGUAACCAAGUUUCUGGGUCUCCAGUCGCCAUGGGUACCUUUGCGCAAAAUACAUAAGGAUUCAAGACUGCGGUUCCUAUCACCGCCUGAGAUGGUCACACCGGUGACGUGGGACGUUUCAUUCCUACGCUCAAGCGUUGUCAUGAAGGCAACCGGCACUCAACGUCUUUUUAUUACUCAUCCCGAGGCGUACCUUCAGGAUCAAGAUGCGUACGAUAAUGGGUGGAAUUGGCAGAGGCUGCGAGAAUUAAGCCGCGUCUACGCGAAUUCUCAAAGUAGCUGUCAAGAAAUUCCCGAGGCAGAUGCAAUGGAAGACUGUUGGGCGUGGAAUGACAAUCUCGACGAGCAUCCCUCAAGCACCAAUACAUCUCAACCUAUUAUUAGUCUCCGACAAGCAGCACAGCGUAAUUGGCAUAGGAUGUCUAUGUCGCCGGCCCCGGGUCUUCUCACGGGAACUGCCCGACCCUCCCCUUCUCUUGGAACCAAUCGUUCCACUUCCCGCUUUAAAUCUCCAGCAAUGCUCAGAGAACGCAAAGGCUCUAGACCACCUCAUGUUCGCACAAACUCUAUGCCACCAACAGCACCAACCCUUGAAUCACCUAUCCAAACAAAACGGCGAAUAACAUCAUAUGUUCACCAAUACGAGCGCCGUCCGUCACCACAAGUCGUCCGAUUAGUUCCUGCAACGGGACAUAUCGCAGCCAUCGCAAAACGCCGGAGCACUCGGUCCCCAUCGGUCCGACCGCGAAACACGCCGCGUUGGAGUACGGCAUCGCCCAGCCCGGUGCCCGAAGCGUUUGUUGCUCGUAAUUCGACACCAUUCUAUGCUACACCGCAUAGCAAUGCUCCUGGCUUCGAAGGACGGGCCGGUCGUAGCGUAGGCAUUGUCGAUGACGGUGGUGAUACGGGAGAAAGCGGUAGCGGGACCGAACACCACGAUGGCGAAGAAUCUAUGGACGAGGACGAUGAUGACGACUCAGCCGAUGACAGCCCUAUGGUCGACUUUUCACACCAGAGAGAGUCCGAGGAGUCCUGGCAGGAUGGUCAAUUGCAUGGUGGUCAGGAAGACGAAGUAUGGCGAGGCAUAGAAGACGUAGAAAACCACGAUCCUGACAUUGAUAUCCACGAGGAUGACGACGCUAUGAGCGACGACAAUAUGAGUCAGGGUUCUAGCGUCCCAAGUGAGUAUCCCAGCAAUCAGCCGGCGUUGAUGGAUGCCGAAGAGGGCUAUCGGGUUUAUGAAGAUGGUAACCCAGCUGGGAAGCGAAGCCUUUGAUUUACGUCCAAGUUUUAGAUUAUCGUUGCUGCAUUUAGAUUUCAUACUUCUCGGUUACGGCGUAUCGUGCAUGAUACACAAUGCGAGGGAUUUAUGUUAACGACGAUGGCGGCAUUGGAGCAUGGCGUUUGGGGUAGGUAUAACAUAUUGGGCUAUAUACUGUUGCUACUUAGCGGAUCCUCUGGCGGAUGUUGUCUUGUUUAUAGGGCGAGCGAUAUAUUGUCAUCUGGCCCUCGAGCCUUGUUUAUCUUUCCCCUCUCAAAGAUGUCUACUUUUGAAUAUGUUGUUGGUUUCCCGAGCGCUCUCGUGCGGGGCUAGGUUAGGAUAGGAGAUAGGAUAGGAGAUAGGAUAGGAUAGGGUGAGAGGAGGCGUUGGAUAUUUAGUAAUGGCAAAAAUCAUCUCUUUGUUCGUGUA